GUAAUGUCUGGUCAGAAAGGAGGUGUCCAAACUAAACUUAAGCAAAUUUAUCCAUACGCUAUAUAUAUACAUUGUAUGGCACACAAAUUAAAUUUAGUGAUUGUGGACACAUGCAGAUAUUUGAAAGAUCUUAGAAAAUUAUUUAAUGGACUAGAAGCCAUCUACGUACAUUUCUCAUAUCCUUCAAAAAAUAAAAAGUUCAAUGAAAUUCAAAAUCAACUUGGUUUGAAAAAAAAAUCUUUAGUUCAGUUAAGUGAAACAAGAUGGGCCUGUCGUUUUUAAAGUUGCAGCUCAGUCAUACAAAAUGAUGAUGUAUUAAUUCAGUCUUUAAAAGAGGAAAUUGAUGCUCAAAAAAAUAAAGAUGUCGCUGAAGCAAUUGAUAUUGAUUUAUGUAGAUUUAUAUAAUUUAAUGGCAACUAAAUUUAUUUUAUUAUUCAAUGAAAAAAAAAAAAAAAUUAUAUUUUUUGUUUUAGGUAUUAUUUCAACAAUUAAGUCUGAUGAUUUUGUAAUAUAUUUAAAUAUUCAUAUAUUUACAAUCAUUUACAAUCAAAAUCAGCAACUCUGGGUAAUUCUAAAUCUUUAAUAACUGGAGUAAUUACAACUUUACAAGAACAUUGUGAUUCUGAACAACAUUAUAAUACACUUUGGAAUGAAAUGCUUGAAUUUAGCACUAAACAUGAAAUUUAUCUUGAAAUUCCUUUGGAAUGUAAGAAAAAAUAUAAAAAUACUGAAUUAAUUUAUACUUUAUGAUUAUUUAUUUAUUUGGUUAUAGUUGUAUCAAAGAAAAGAUUACGAAAAGAACCAUCUCUACUCAAAGAUUUUGUUUGUUUGUCAACAACCAGUGCUAGUGAUGAUCAUACUGCAGAUAUUGUAGAAACGAAAAAAACUAUUGGAAAAAGAAAGCUUAUUUUUGUAUAUUAGAUACAAUGAUAAAUAUUUUAAAAACAAGAUUUUCUGAAGAAUGCCUUCAAGUAGCUUCAUCAGUAGAUAAUUUACUAAAAUUGAAUUUUGAAGGUUCUUCAUUUUUAACUAAUCAUUACAAGGAUUUAUUUGGAAUUUUAAAUCAGUCACUGAUGUCUAAAAUGUCUGUUUUAAAAAACAUUCUGGGUGAAAACUCUAGUUUAGAGGAAAUAAAACAGCAUUUGACAUUAUAUGAUGGUAAAGUAUUUCCAAAUUUUUGUAAGAUGUUUCAAGUAGCUGUUACUCUUCCCGUAAGUACAGCGACCUGUGAGAGAUCAUUUUCUACUAUGCGACGUAUAAAAACAUGGUUGCGUACUUGUAUGAAUCAAGAUAGGUUCGGCAAUUUAAGUAUUAUGAAUAUAGAAAAGGACAUUCCUAUCAAUAAUGAAGACAUAUUAAAUAUUUUUGAAAAAACCGAGAGGCGUAUACAAUUACAUUAAAUAUAUCUAUUUAUUUGAAUAAAUAUUUAAUGUUAGUAUAAUAUUAUAUAUAUAUAUAAAUGUACUAUGUAUGAUACUAAACUACUUUUAGAAUUGAAUAAAUACAGAUACCAUUCUUAAAAGUAUGUACCUAUAAAUUAUAAUUUAAAAAGAAAUGUGUUGGGGCUUAAGUCCCCCCUAAACAUUUUUCCUAUUUGUGCCACUGCUUAUAUUGAGAAAC